GUAAAAGGGUCCCAAGAUGACGGCCCAAGUGCAAGCAUUGUAUGACUUCACGGGUGAGCCUGGCACCACAGAAAUGUCUAUUACAACUGGGGAAAUUCUCACUUUGCUUAACACUGACAUUGGUGAAGGUUGGUGGGAAGGCAAAAAUGCUAAAGGAGAAACUGGUCUCUUCCCAGCUGCUUAUGUGAAACAACUUAGUCCUGAGGAAUCGGCACGGGUUCCCACCAAAGGUUCAAUAGCACCACAUAGGUAUGAUCAAGCUGCUGAUGAUUGGGGUGACCAACAAUUUAGUGCUGGUGACAGCAAUUACCAACGAGCAUCACAUAAUGAUGAUGGUUGGGAUGACGAUUGGGAUGAUGAUACAUACUCUGAAAUAGGACCUGGUGGUCAACAAAACAAGGCACAAAACAAUCAAGCCCCUCUUGCCCCAUUACCUGGUAUGCCCAUUAGUGACUACAAUCAACAGUUUGAUGAUUCUGCUUCUACUCUUGGAUCCUCAAUGGGAACAGUGAGGAAAAGCAAAUUUGCCCCAUCCACAAAAGUAAGCGGAGAGAGUUAUUUACUGGGGACUCUAAAUGUAGAAGUUAGGGAUUCAGAAAAAGUAUACAUAAUCCAAGAUGAAGAUGGAUAUGUAUGGUCACCUAUAACUCAACCAUACACAGUCACUGUGGCUUCUCCAAAGAAGGAAUCUAAAUUCAAAGGCAUUAAGAGUUUUAUUGCUUAUCAACUAACACCUUCAUUUAAUAACAUCCAAGUAUCCAGGAGAUACAAACACUUUGAUUGGCUUCAUGAAAGAUUGCAGGAGAAGUUUACACUCAUUCCAGUCCCACCCUUGCCUGACAAAACAAUUUCUGGUCGCUAUGAUGAACAACUUAUUGAACGUAGGAGAGUACAACUGCAAGAAUUUGUGGAUUGGAUGUGCAAACAUCCAGUAUUAUCUAAAUGUGAAGUUUGGCAGCACUUUUUAACUUGUACAGAUGAUAAGAGGUGGAAAGCAGGCAAAAGACAAGCAGAAAGAGACAAUUUGUUAGGUUUAAAUUAUUGUAUAUCAUUAGUUGUACCUGAAAAAGCUUUAUUACAGUCUCAAGUAGACACAAUAUCUGAGCAAUGUCACACAUUCAUUGCGAGCAUGGACACGGCUGUGAAAAAUGUAUCCAACAUGUGUCUUGCACAAGGCAAAAGAUUCCAAGGCCCGUACAAGAGUGACUGUCAGAAAAUUGGAGAAGCUUUCUACCACUUGGGUAAUUCACUAAGCUUUGACGAAGGGUCAAUAGUGUCCAGAUCCAAACUAACUUCAGCUAUCAAGUUAACAGGAGGUGCAUACAUUGAAAUUGGCAAGUUAUAUGAAGAACAACCAAAAUACGAUUGGGACCCAUUAGGUGAUAAGUUCCACUUGUACAAAGGUAUUGUUGGAGUUUUUCCAGACGUUUUAGCAAACCAUAAAGGAGCAGUACAAAAGAAAAGGGAAUGUGAAAGGCUUACAGCUGAGCACAAGAUGGAAGUAGCUCAACUGAAUGAAGUAUUGAGGAGGACAGAUGUGAUAUCCUAUGCUUUACUUGCUGAAAUUAAUCAUUUCAAGGCAGAAAGAACUACUGAUUUGAAAGCCGCAAUGCAAAGAUUCUUAAAACAACAAAUAACUUUCUAUAAGAAUAUUGUUAAUAAAUUGGAGGGUGCCCUAACUCACUAUGAUGACUAAUUGGGAUUUCUUCACUGAAUGAGGGAAUUUACAGUAGUGCUAACUUCAUGUGAUUUACUAAAUAUGUAUUCAAACCUCUUGGACCAUUCUUGCUUGUAUUUAUCUCUAUACCUGAUAUUUCAAUGGUAUUUUGUGUCUUAAGUAUACAUAUAAUCCAAAGGAUUUGUAUUUGAUAGGAUGUAUUGUGUAAUAUUAUUAAAGAAUUUAUAAAUGUGAUGAAAUUAUGGACUGAAUGUAAAAUAAUAAUUUUUUGGUACACAGCUGAUUACACCGUAAAGUACUGACUUUCUGUAAAUAGUUUUAUCUACUUGUCAUUAUGAAUUACUAUUUUUUUACCACUUUAUACAUUUUAUUUUAAAAUCAUACUAAUUAUGGGGCGAUUAUUUU